UGCUGAGCAAAAUGGCGGGCCCCAUGAUGCGAUGCUACCCCACUUGGCUUCUAGCUGGAAAAGUUAGCUUUGGGAAUGUCACCGUACUUAGAGAUUGGAACAGACCAGUAUCCACCAGCGUGCUCUGCUGGAAUUCAAAGGGGAUUGCAACGAAAGAGAACCGAGAUGUUUCCUGGGCAGCAGUUGUGGGCUUGGAAAUCCAUGCACAGAUCUCAUCCAACUCAAAGCUUUUUUCUGGUUCCCAAGUCCAGUUUGCAGCUCCACCUAAUUCUCUAGUAUCAUUCUUGGAUGCUUCUCUACCUGGCACUCUACCGGUUCUCAACAGACGAUGUGUAGAAGCAGCAGUGUCAACAGGACUUGCACUGAACUGCACCAUAAACAAGAAGUCCUUGUUUGACAGAAAACACUAUUUCUAUGCAGAUCUGCCUGCUGGAUAUCAGAUCACUCAGCACAGGAUUCCCAUUGCAGUGAAUGGCUGCUUGUCAUACUUCAUGAAAGCAGGUAAAGAUCAGAAUGAAAUAGUAACCAAGACUGUGAGGAUCAAGCAAAUACAGUUGGAGCAAGACAGUGGAAAGAGCCUUCAUGAUGAUUUUAGAAACCAAACACUCAUUGAUCUCAACAGAGCAGGAAUCGGCCUCAUGGAGGUUGUCAUGGAGCCAGAUAUGUGUUGUGGGGAAGAGGCAGCGGCGGCGGUGAGAGAGCUUCAGCUUAUCCUGCAGGCUCUGGGGAGCAGCCAAGCAAACAUGGCAGAAGGCCAGUUGAGAGUAGAUGCCAAUGUAUCUGUACAUCAUCCUGGCCAACUUUAUGGAGUAAGGACCGAAGUGAAGAAUAUCAACAGUGCUCGAUUUCUUGCAAAGGCAAUCGACUAUGAAAUACAAAGGCAGAUUGAAGAGCUGGAGAAUGGAGGAACCAUUCUGAAUGAAACUAGAGCCUUUGAUUUUAAACUUGGAUGCACUGUAGCAAUGAGGGACAAAGAAGGAAAACAGGAUUAUCGGUUCAUGCCAGAGCCGAAUCUUCCUCCAUUGAUUCUUUAUGAUGCUAAAUCCUUGCCCGCUCAUAUAAACGCCCAGCAAGUGGUGAAUAUUGAUUGGAUUCAGGAGAGGCUUCCAGAGCUCCCUAGUGCUAAGAGAGCAAAGCUUGUGGAACGUUAUGGGAUUCAGCCACAACACAGCUUUACCUUAGAGAAUGAAGAUGGUUUAAUGGAUUUUUUUGAAAGCGUGGUGAAUGCAACAGAAAUGAAUCCCAAAAAAGUGAUUGGCUGGGUUAUAAAUAAUUUUCUCAGUUACCUAAAACUAUAUAACAUUACAGUAAAGGAAAGUCCAGUCACUCCUCUUCUUUUGGCUGAACUACUGAACCUGAUAGCAAGUAGAAAGAUUUCAUCUUCAGCAGCCAAACAGGUAUUGGAAGAGAUGUGGAAGGGGGAAAAGAAGUCUCCAGCUGUGAUUGUUAAAGAGAAGAAACUUGACCUACUCCAGGAUUGGAAUGAACUUGAGAGUAUCUGUUUGACUGUCAUGAGAGACCAUCAGAAAGAGGUGGCAGAGAUAAAGAAGGGAAACCACAAGGUCCUAAAUACCAUAAUCGGACAUGUCCAAAGAACAACAAGAGGACGAUCAGAUCCUGUAACUGUGAAACAAAUUCUAGAGAAGCUGCUAUCAUAGGAGCUUGGAAUGAAAAUUCUAAGUCUGAUAUACCAUUCUUAAUGUUCUCAAUAGCAUCAAGCUAUUGUACAAGACCACUACAUCAUUGUUUAGUCAUGUUCCAGAGUUUGUUUGUUUGUUUCGGCUAUUAUUCUCCUAUGUUCCUAUCAACUCAAAACAUAAACUCUACAAGGAAGGAAAUAAAACUGCAGUGUGCAUGAGUUUUCUGAUUAAAAUCUCCUGCUUUUGUAAUAUUGUGGUAUGCAGGAAAAAUGGUAAAUUUUUGAUAACUAGAUAA